AUGUUGGUGCUGGCUGAUAAGGAAGCCAACACAGGUGCCCUUAGGAACACCCUAUCCCGAGUAUGGCAGAUAGAAGGGAAAGCUGUCUUCAAAGAGGUAGGCAGGAACAAGUUUUUGGUGGAGUGUAAGAAGGUGGAAGACAAGAAGAGGAUCAUGAAAGGCCGUCCCUGGUCUUUUGAUAAGAAUCUAGUUUGCUUGCAAGACUGCGAAGGGUUCAGGUCUUGGAUGGACAUGCGUUUUAAGAAAGAACCUUUCUGGAUCCAGUGCCAUGAUCUACCUUUUGCUGGUAUGAACUAUAACACAAGUGUUAAUCUGUGCAAAGGGGUGAGAGAGGUACUUAUGGUCGACACUGAUAGCAGUGGUCUUUGCUGGGGGAGUUUCUUAAGAGUUAAAGUCCUUUUAGAUAUCACUAAGCCUUUGGCAAGAGGGAGACAACUCAGUCUGGAUGAAUCAAAGUCUUGGAUUCCUUUCAAAUAUGAGAGGCUGCCAAACUUUUGCUACCAUUGUGGAAUGAUCAAGCAUGCUAUGGGCAUAUGUGAAAGUCUGGAUAGAGGGAAGACGAGUAUGGAAGGUUUCAGUCAACAAUAUGGUCCUUGGCUAAGGGCAAAUCCUAAAGCCUCUUUGACUGGCAAUAGUCAAGAUAGGAAGGUACUUGGCCAUGGAGGGAGGCCGGGGAGUGUCAGUAGGGAGGAAGAUGGCGGAGAUUAG